AUGAUGAAUGAAACAAAUUCUGAUAUAAUAAUAUCAUCUGAACCUGAACUUUAUCGUUAUUUAAAAUUAUGUAUAUUUGUAAUAUUAGAAAUUCCAUCAAUAUUAAUAUCAAUUUAUAUAAUUUAUCAAUUUAUUCAUUCUCGUCAAUUUCGCUCACGUUUAAAUAAUCAUUCAAUAAUGGCAUUAAUUAUUCUUUCAUUUAUUGAAACAACAUCGGAAUUACCAAUAGCACUUCAAUAUCUUCGUUUAGGUCAUGUUCAACCAAUGAAUUCGAAUUUUUGUUUAUUUUGGAUUUGGUUUAAUUUUUCUCUUCAAACAACAAAUUUAUUUUUAAUGGGUUGGACUUCAAUUGAACGACAUAUACUUAUAUUCCAUUCAGGUUGGGUUCAAACAACAAUAGGAAAAAUUAAAUGGCAUUAUAUUCCAUUAAUAUUUUGUUCAUCAUAUAUUCCAUUAUUUUAUUUAUCAUGUGUUAUUAUAUAUCAAUGUGAAAAUGUAUUUGAUUAUUCAUUAUAUUUAUGUGGUUCACCAUGUUAUAAUAAUAUAACUUGGUUAUCAACAUUUGAUUGGACUACAAAUAUGUUAAUACCAUCAGUAGCAAUACCAUUCUUAAGUAUAAGUUUAUUACUUCGUGUUUUAAUUCAAGCAAAAAAAAUGAAACGAUCAUUAAAUUGGCGAUCAACAAGAAAAAUGACAUUACAAUUAAUUGUUAUUUCAAUACUUUAUUUAAUAUUUUGGUUUCCAUUGGCAUUAAUAUCACUUAUACGAAUUUAUUUUAUUCCAACAUUUCUAAAUGAUGUAACUUUAUAUUAUUUAAAUUAUACACCAUAUCUCGUACAACUUUUAAUGCCAUACGUAUGUAUUGCUUGUUUACCAGAAAUAUGGCCAAAAAAGAUUCGAAUUGAUACAACAACAACCACUAUACAACAUGGACAUCAAACAAUUAAUAAAAAAUAA